CAUCUGCAAGCUAUAUGAAGUUCAUAAUCUCAUCUUUAAAGCAAAACGGAAGCAGGAUAUUUGCCACCGAGGAAUCUGUGAGAAAUUGGGGAGAAGUGGCCUUUGAAAUAAAAAGCUCAUCGCCUUCCCCAGUGAGAUGAAACCAGGAAGUUUCUCAACCCACUGACGGACUUUGCAAUUAGAGAUUUUAUUUCCCUUUUCUCCCAACAGACUGAACUGUGAAAUAGAAAUGGCUCUGCAAGGCUUCCAGGUCUCCAUUAUGAUUCUUCUGGCUUAUUGCUGUUAUUAUGCUGUGCAAGGCUGCACCGUGACAGUGAAAGAAGCAAAUGCACAAAUAGAGCACCAGAUCUUGGAGAACAUUUCCUUGCCGUGCCAAGUCACAUACAGCAACUGCCAAAGCCCACUGGAAACAUAUUGGUUUCGCUGCCUCACGUCUCAUUGUGAGAAGAUCUGUGAUAAAUCUUGUAUAAAUGAGCGGUUUAGAUCAAUGCGAAAAAAAGGAUUGAAGGUGACGGGUACAAUGGACACCUAUCUGAAGAUCACCAACUUGCAUAUUAGUGACAGUGCAAUAUACAUCUGCGGUGCAGGAGACAGCAAAUCCCCCGACAUCAAAUCAAAAGCCACGGGGCAAGGGACUACACUGAUAGUAAAAGGUGAAGCACAAAGCAUUGUCACAACGGGAUGUGUUGUCCUGAUUAUCUUCUGUGUGCUCUUCUUUCUAUACAGCAUCGCUGUAUUUUCUAUUUAUGCUUUCAGAUCAAAACUGAAAAUAUUUAAGGAACCAAAAACAGAAGAGGCUGGGAAUAACAAUAAAAGUUACCGACGGCAAAGGAUUUUUCAAGCAAUAGCACAGGAAUAUCAUAAACGAUACCCGAGAAAAUCAAUGAGCCCGAAUUCUACAAGAGGUGAUGAUGCCAUCUACCAAAAUACACAGAGCCCCUAGUUAAAUUAACGCAAAACAGAGACAUUUGUGAGCUCUCUCUUUUGAGACUAUAUUUUUAAAGGACUGGGCUGUAGUAUUAAAGCCUGAAAAACUUGUGCGGAAGA